AUGUCCAUGGAAUCACCAAACGGAAAUGUCAUUGCUGUACAUCGCAAUGGCAAUGACAACCUUGGUCUGUCGCCGACGUACAUAAAUGGAUGCCCACGGUUUUCUGUGAGUGGACGAGGAACGGAGUUUGGAUCUAUUUCCGGUUCGCAGUACUCUUUCGAUACGACACGGUUUCUUAAGGAUGUGUUGCGCCGUCGUGAAGAAGUGCCUGCGGUGCGGGUAUUGCCAAAGACUCAUCUCCUCGCACAAUUGCUGUUGCAGGAACAGUCGGAGCGGGAGUUGUUUACACUCCAGGAACGUUCCUUCCGUGCGCAGAUUCAACACAAGCGUGAAGAGGAUCGUCUGAAGAAGGAGGAGCAGCGCCUACAACAAAGAAAUCGUGAACGUCUGGAUGAGUUAAAGCGCAAACAGUCAGAGGAGUUGGCUGCUAAGAAGGAAGUGGUAUCUACCUUCCUUAAGCAGAUUGAUGGUGAGGUAAAGGAGAAGAUCAAACUUGUUUGUAUGUUACAACCCCGUAUGAACGUUGCGGCAACAGUGGUGGCGGAUGUUAAGAGCGAGACAGGCACCUGCACUCUUCUACCGGAGUUAAUGGAAGAGGAAAAGCGUGUGAUGAAGGCCCUAAAGGCAGAAAGUCGGUAUAGUAAACCCUCCACAUCUGCUAAUAAUAUCUCUGAAGGUUGUGGAGCUGUGCCGUAUUGGAUGCGUACAUGCGUGGCAAGUUCAUUUAACGUUGCCGCAAUCCUCCGUGGCGAACCAUACCGCGCUACUGUAGAGGACGCUAUUAAAGUAUCAAAUGCCGCUCUGCGCAAACUCAUCGUGGUGCGACGUGUGGGAGAUGACAGUGUUGUGGCUUGGGCACAUGUACGUGCUGGAAGUGAUCCGUUGUCGCUCGCAACGGAGUUGGCACAACUCCCAGCACCGGAGGAUUUGCCAAGUAAGAAGAGUCUUGGUGUGAUCUGGCCAAAGGAAGAUCUCGCAGAGUUGAACCGAAAGUCCAAGACUGUAUCCGGAGAAGCAGAUCUGCUCUCUGUUGUGGGG